GUCCAACCCACAUCAUCGGUUAUGAGUGGAAGGGCUUCUUCCUUCCGACGGGGCUGCCAAGCGCGGCCGUCUGUCCUUCGUUUUCAGAAGGAGGCGAGGCGCGGAGGGGAACUCUUUUUCGUGGCGGAGGCCGCUGUGGGACUCGUCUCUUUCACGCCGGGGGAGGUGCUGUACGUCCAAGAUGGCGGCGCCCUGUAGGCUGGAGGGACUGUGAGGCCCGAUCCUGCCCAUUCGUUUAUACCUCUAACAGACAUUAACAAAAGACAGAGAUUACAAGUUCAGCACAAUAUAAAGAAUUUUCCAGCAACCAGCUGUUCAGAAAUGUAGAUGGGGAGAGGCACGUGCUUCCAGUGAUUUGACCAUGAAAGACACCAGGUUGACAGCACUGGAAACCAAAGUACCAAUUGUCCCCAGAACAGAGUGGGCCCUGGACUUCAGGAUUCCAUAAGCUCUCCAGGUGAUUCUAAUGUACAUCCUGGGCUGAGAACCCUUGAGCUGUCUGGUAGUGGCCCCAAUGAAGAGCUUUCAGAACCUGUAAGAUACGUCCUGGAGCCGGCACAGCACCUUCAAGCUGGAGAAUGGCCCAACAAGCGAAUGUCGGGGAGCUCCUCUCCAUGCUGGACUCCCCCAUGCUGAGUGUGCGGGACGAUGUGACAGCUGUCUUUAAAGAGAACCUCAAUUCUGACCGUGGUCCUAUGCUUGUAAACACCUUGGUGGAUUACUACCUGGAAACCAACUCUCAGCCAGUAUUGCACAUCCUGACCACCUUGCAAGAGCCACAUGACAAGCACCUCUUGGACAGGAUUAACGAAUAUGUGGGCAAAGCCACCACUCGUUUAUCCAUCCUCUCCUUACUGGGUCAUGUCGUAAGACUGCAGCCAUCUUGGAAGCAUAAGCUCUCUCAAGCACCUCUUUUGCCUUCUUUACUAAAAUGUCUCAAGAUGGACACCAACGUCGUUGUCCUCACAACAGGCGUCUUGGUGUUGAUAACCAUGCUACCAAUGAUUCCACAGUCUGGGAAACAGCAUCUUCUUGAUUUCUUUGACAUUUUUGGCCGUCUUUCAUCAUGGUGCCUGAAGAAACCAGGCCACGUGGCAGAAGUCUAUCUCGUCCAUCUCCAUGCCAGUGUGUACGCGCUCUUUCAUCGCCUUUAUGGAAUGUACCCUUGCAACUUCGUCUCCUUUCUGCGUUCUCAUUACAGUAUGAAAGAAAACUUGGAGACUUUUGAAGAAGUGGUCAAGCCAAUGAUGGAGCAUGUGCGAAUUCAUCCGGAAUUAGUGACUGGAUCCAAGGACCAUGAACUGGACCCUCGAAGGUGGAAGAGAUUAGAAACUCAUGAUGUUGUGAUUGAGUGUGCCAAAAUCUCUCUGGACCCCACAGAAGCCUCAUAUGAAGAUGGCUAUUCUGUGUCUCACCACAUCUCAGCCCGCUUUCCUCAUCGUUCAGCUGAAGUCACCUCCAGCCCUUAUGUUGACACACAGAAUAGCUAUGGGAGUGCUACUUCUACCCCUUACUCCACUUCUCGGCUGACGUUGUUAAAUACGCCAGGGCAGCUACCUCAGACUCUGAGUUCCCCAUCGACACGGUUGAUAACUGAACCGCCACAAGUAUGGUGUCAACUAGCUACUCUUUGGAGCCCAUCUAUGGUUUGUGGUAUGACCACUCCUCCAACUUCUCCUGGAAAUGUCCCACCUGAUCUGUCACACCCUUACAGUAAAGUCUUUGGUACAACUGGUGGAAAAGGAACUCCUCUAGGAACCCCAGCAACCUCUCCUCCUCCAGCCCCUCUCUGUCAUUCAGAUGACUACGUGCACAUUUCACUCCCCCAGGCCACAGCCACACCCCCCAGGAAGGAAGAGCGAAUGGAUUCUGCAAGACCAUGUCUACACAGACAGCACCAUCUUCUGAAUGACAGAGGAUUAGAAGAGCCACCUGGCAGCAAAGGUUCUGUCACUCUAAGUGAUCUUCCAGGGUUUUUAGGUGAUCUGGCCUCUGAAGAAGAUAGUAUUGAAAAAGAUAAAGAAGAAGCUGCAAUAUCUAGAGAACUUUCUGAGAUCACCACAGCAGAGGUCGAGCCUGUGGUUCCUCGAGGAGGCUUUGACUCUCCCUUUUACCGAGACAGUCUCUCAGGUUCUCAGAGGAAGACCCAUUCAGCAGCCUCCAGUGCUCAGGGCACCAGCAUGAACCCUGAGCCUUUACACUCCUCCCUGGACAAGCUUGGGCCUGAUACACCAAAGCAAGCCUUUACUCCCAUAGACCUGCCCUGCGGUGGUGCUGAUGAAAGCCCUGCAGGAGGCAGGGAAUGCCAGACUUCUGUGGAGACCAGUAUCCUCACUCCCAGCCCUUGUAAAAUUCCACCUCAGAGGAGAGGGGGCUUUGGAAGUGGGCAGCCUCCCCCGUAUGAUCAUCUUUUUGAGGUGGCAUUGCCAAAGACAGCCCAUCAUUUUGUCAUCAGGAAGACUGAGGAGCUGUUAAAGAAAGCAAAAGGAAACACAGAGGAAGAUGGUGUGCCCUCUACCUCCCCAGUGGAAGUGCUGGACAGACUGAUAGAGCAGGGAGCAGACGCGCACAGCAAGGAGCUGAACAAGUUGCCUUUACCCAGCAAGUCUGUCGACUGGACCCACUUUGGAGGCUCUCCUCCUUCAGAUGAGAUCCGCACCCUCCGAGACCAGUUGCUUUUACUGCACAACCAGUUACUCUAUGAGCGUUUUAAGAGGCAGCAGCAUGCCCUGCGGAACAGGCGGCUCCUCCGCAAGGUGAUCAAAGCAGCAGCUCUGGAGGAACAUAAUGCUGCCAUGAAAGAUCAGUUGAAGUUACAAGAGAAAGACAUCCAGAUGUGGAAAGUUAGCCUGCAGAAAGAACAAGCUAGAUACAGUCAGCUUCAGGAGCAGCGUGACACUAUGGUAACCAAGCUCCACAGCCAGAUCCGACAGCUGCAGCAUGACCGAGAGGAAUUCUAUAACCAGAGCCAGGAAUUACAGACCAAGCUGGAGGACUGCAGGAACAUGAUCGCAGAGCUGCGGCUAGAAUUGAAGAAGGCCAACAACAAGGUGUGUCACACUGAGCUGCUGCUCAGCCAGGUGUCUCAAAAGCUCUCAAACAGCGAGUCGGUCCAGCAGCAGAUGGAGUUCUUGAACAGACAGCUGUUGGUUCUUGGGGAGGUCAACGAGCUAUAUUUGGAACAACUGCAGAACAAGCACUCAGAUACCACAAAGGAAGUGGAAAUGAUGAAAGCUGCCUAUCGGAAAGAGCUAGAAAAAAACAGAAGCCAAGUUAUCCAGCAGACUCAGAGGCUUGAUACCUCCCAAAAACGGAUUCUGGAACUGGAAUCUCACCUGGCCAAGAAAGACCACCUUCUUUUGGAACAGAAGAAAUAUUUAGAGGAUGUCAAACUCCAGGCAAGAGGACAGCUGCAGGCCGCAGAGAGCAGGUAUGAGGCUCAGAAACGGAUAACCCAGGUGUUUGAAUUGGAGAUCUUAGAUUUAUAUGGCAGGCUGGAGAAAGAUGGCCUCCCGAAAAAACUUGAAGAAGAAAAAGCAGAAGCAGCUGAAGCAGCAGAAGAAAGGCUUGACUGUUGUAAUGAUGGCUGCUCAGAUUCCAUAGUAGGGCACAAUGAAGAGGCAUCUGGCCACAACGGUGAGACCAAGACCCCCAGGCCCAGCAGCACUCGGGGCAGUAGUGGAAGCAGAGGAGGUGGAGGCAGCAGCAGCAGCAGUGAGCUUUCUACCCCGGAGAAACCCCCAAACCAGAGGGCAGGCCCUUUCAGCAGUCGGUGGGAGACAACUAUGGGAGAAUCCUCUGCCAGCAUCCCCACCACUGUGGGCUCACUUCCCAGUUCAAAAAGCUUCCUGGGUAUGAAGGCCCGAGAGUUAUUUCGUAAUAAGAGUGAGAGCCAAUGUGAUGAGGACGGCGUGGUCAUCAGUAGCCUUUCCGAGAGCAUAAAGCCAGAACUGGGCAAAGACUUGGGUGUGGAAGCCAAGACUUCCCUGAACCUAGAUGGCCCGCACCCAUCUCCCCCGAACCCGGACAGUGUUGGACAGCUACAUAUCAUGGACUACAAUGAGACUCAUCAUGAACACAGCUAAGGAUGAUGGUCAAUCAGUGUUAACUUGCAUAUCGUUGGCACAGAACAGGAGGUGUGAAUGCACGUUUCAAAGCUUUCCUCUUUCCAGGGUCUGAGUGCAAGUUCAUGUGUGGAAAUGGGACGGAGGUCCUUUGGACAGCUGACUGAAUGCAGAACGGUUUUUGGAUCUGGCAUCGAAAUGCCUCUUGACCUUCCCCUCCACCCGCCCCUAACCUCCUCUUCUCAUUUACCUCGCAGUGUGUUCUAAUCCAAGGGCCAGUUGGUGUUCCUCAGUAGCUUUAUUUUCUUCCUUCCUGCCCCAAAUGAUUGCGUCCUUUGAACCUGUGCAAUAUGAGGCCAAAUUUAAUUUUUGAGUCUAACACACCACGUUCUGCUUUUCUGAAGCUCAGAUAACUGGGUUGGCUCUCAGUGAGACUAGGUAGUUUGUUGCAUUGCAGGUAAGUCCAGUUUUGUCUUUUCCAGGAGGAUGUAGCCUGCAAAGCUGGCUGUCUUCACAUGAAAGCUUUUACAAGAGACUUUCCCACUGCUUUUUGAUUCUGAAGUUCAGCAUCUAAAGCAGCAGAUCUAGAAAAACAGUGGUUUCUUCAUGAUUACAUUCUUUUGGCAGUUCUGAUAAGCUUCCUAGAAGGUUGUGUGUGAACAGAAGCCUGUUGUUUCCGAAAUCUAGAGCUGGCACUGUAGAACCCAUACACCCUUUGGGAAAGCUCUUGUCCCUUCUUCCCCUACUACCUCUUAUUUAUUUGGUGUUUGCUUGAAUGCUGGUACUAUUGGCUGAUGUGUAGGUCAUAAAACCUGUUCUCGUAGGAGGCAAGGAGGAGUCACUGGGAGAGGUUACCCGAGAAGCACUUGAGCAUGAGGAACUGCACCUGCAGGCUGGUCUCAGCUUGCUGGGCCUUCUGUUAAAGCCGCCUGUCUGCUGGCCUUCCUUGGUGUGCACACGCCUCUUGUUCAUGUCAGCUUAUUUGUGAGACUGCAGCAGAAAGGCUCUGAAGGGCCAAACGAGUUUCUGCAAAGUAUAUGUAACCAUGAUUUCUCAGGCCGUGACGGCUGCCUCGCUGUAGCAGGUUCUAGGCCACCAGAAGGGGGGCAGCUUUUUCAUACCAAUUCCAAUUUUAGGGGCUGACUCUCCAGGGAGCUGAGUCAUCACACUCUCCAUUUUAGUAAUGGCAGAGCAAUUUAAGCGGAGUCCAGAGAAUGCUGGCACUAGGCUGCCCCAUAUGCUCACGAGAGAGGACAUUAGUCAGAAAAGCGGCAGUGGCAAAGAACCAAACUCAACAAAUGCUCCUGAAAUAAAUGCUGGAAGCCUAAGAAUUGUUGCCUGGUGUCCGGCCGAGGCAGGGGAAAGUUGGUAAGAAGGAGCCAGAGAACUUGGCUUUCCUGUUUCUGUUCUUACAGUAAAAAGAAGAGAAGGAUUGAGUCAAAGAGGUAAAAAAAAAACCUCUCACGGUACGAAAUCUUAGUGCACAUGGAGGCUUCCAGCAUGAGAGAAUGAAAGUUUUUUUGUUUUUGUUUUUUUAAAGCAUGGUAAUAAAUAUUCCAGCAUCCCUAACUAGAGGGAACUAGACAGAGAUUCCGUGUCACCCUCGCUAUACCAGCAGAAACCUGUUUGGGGCAGGAUUUCUGGGUGUGACUGAUUCCCAGCCUGUGGCAGGGUGUGGUCCCUAGGUCCCUACCCAGCCUAGCACAGGCUGGCAGUUACCACUGAAUGUCAGAUGUGGAGUAUUAGUGAUACCACACAUUUAAUUCAGCUUUGUCCAAAGGAAAGCUUAAAAUCCAGUACAGUCUAGUUUCCUGGUUCAGCUUUAGAAAAGGAAAAUGUGAACAAAUUUAGAAAGGGAAGGAAGUCCCAUGGGUGAAUCCUGAAACAAGUGCUUUCCCCUCUUCAUGCCCAAGAGGUCUGUGCCACGGAACAAGACAGCAGGCACUUAAAGCCUUUUCCUUAAUUGGCAAAGGAAAAGAGGCUCACGUGAAAAAGAAAAAACAUUUUAGAAGUGGAUGGAGGCAGCUUGGUCAAGUGGUGAGAGGCCUAGGCUGGAAGCCCCAUGGAUGGAGCUUCAUUCAUCUGGCCUGGGUGUCCCUUUACUCAGCUUUAUAACAAAGGCGCUGCAACUCAGGUGCCUUUGAGUUCUAGGAGGCUGUGGGUUUACUCAACUACGGUUGGGGGAUUGAGACCUGGACUUAGGUUGAAAGUGCCCAACCUAAAAAUGUAGGCUUCUAUGUUGCAAAAAACCCCAGAGUCAGUAGUUAGGUUUGGUUUGGUUUUGGAAGUGAUAAACCUGCCAAGGGUCAACAGGUCACUUGAUCAUGCUGCAGUGAUUAGUUUUAAGGAUGAAAAGGUGAUAGUAGGACUCUCGAGAGGCAGUUCAGUCCUGGGCAAAGGCAUUAGUACAGUUAGCAUUAAGGGCAGAGUCUGCCUUGAAACCAAUUAAGCAGCUUGGUAUUCAUAAAUACUGGGAUUGGAUGGUCUCUGUCCAGAAAUCACUAUGGGCGAGGAUACCUGUCUCAGCUGUUCGGCCAAUAUGCAUAACCUACUCGGUUCCCCACCUGACACUAACCAGAGUCAGCACAGGCCCUGAGGAGCCUGGAGUCUGCUGCUAUGCAGCAUGGGAUUCAUUUUAAAAGGAGCACUACAGUUUUAGCGGGGAGGGGGAUAAGAAGACGAGGAGCAAAUGAGCUCCCAAGUCCCUGCAGGUGAAUAAGCACACAGAUCUGCGUCUGAUAGAACUUCUAUGGAUUUGCAAAAAGCCAUUGACAAGGCUCUGCCAUAAAGUCUAUAAAAAUUGUUUUUAUGGGAUUGGAAGAAACCCAAAGGUAGGAAGGUCAAGGUCAUUUCUUAGGUGGAGAGGUUGUUAAAAAUGCCCUUGGAGAUGAGUACCGGCCCAGCAUUCCUAAGGCAGGUGGACAGACAGUGACCUCCCUAGGUUUGCCCACAGUGGUUUUCAGGAGAGAAAACUGCCCAACCUUUGGGAAUAAGCUGCAGAAUUUUCUUACUAAGCUUGAUGAGUGAAGAGGCGAGAGGUGAGCUACUUUGUGAGCCAAAGUUUAUGUGACGUGGUUGGGGGAAACAGUCCAAACUGUUUGAGAAGGUGAGCUGUUAAACCCAGGAACGGGUCCUGGAAGCCACUGACAAUUAGAAGAAUUCACACACCAGGCCGCACAUUACUGGGCAAAAGCAGGACAACAGGGAGUGAAACCCCAGACUUGGACCGUCCCCUUUACAACAGCACGUGUAGUUUCUGGUAUAUUUGUUGAGAAAGAUAAAACUCUAGCACUUGUUUAGAGGAGGAUAUAAAGUGGUUGUGGGGAUGAAAGGAUGUCUGAGACCACAGAGGCUCAGACUCACUGUUAAGAAUAGAAAACUGGGUAUGUUUCGUGUAGCCAGCAGAACUGAAGUGUGCUGUGAUGAGCCAAUGUGAAUUUCUACCAAAUAGUAGAGCAUACCACUUGAAGAAAGAAAGAACUGAAGAGCAAACGAAAGUACUGAGUAACAAUACUCACUUUUUCUCACUGAAAGCACUGAGGCGGGGGGGAAGCCUGUACAGGCUGGAGGAGGGUUUGGGCAGAGUGAAGGCCUGGCCAGGACCUUGGUGAGAUGGAGUGCUGCCUGCCCCCUACAGAUAUUCUUGGAGCACGGUCCCCCCAGGGGGCUCUGCCCCACUUGGAGAAGAAAGCUGCCUUGUGUGCAGUGACCAAAUCAGCACACCAUGUCUGCUGCAUCUUCACUCUCCAGGGUACAGGCUUUAAAACAGACCUGCGAUGAGUGUUGGAAAAAUGUAUCCAGUCCGAAGAUGUUUGUGUAUCUGUUUACAUCCAGAGUUCUGUGACACAUGCCCCCCAGAUUGCUGCAAAGUAAUUGAUUGCACUUGAUUAAGCUUUUGUCUGUAGGUAAAAGAACAAGUUUAGGUCGAGGACUGGCCCCUAGGCUGCUGCUGUGACCCUUGUCCCAUGUGGCUUGUUUCCCUGUCUGGGACUCUUCGAUGUGCCCAGGGGUUAUGUUCCUGUCUCUUCCAUGCCAUCCUGCAGUCCAUACCUGCUCGCCUGAGGGAAGAGCGGCUACAGCUACAGGGGGAGCCUGCCUGGAAGAGCCGAGCACCUGUGCCCAUGGCUUUUGGUCAUGAAACGAGUUAAUGAAGGCAGAGGAGCUUCCGCCCCGCUUCCCCGUGCCACAUUAUCCAUUCUCUGGGAUAAGUAGGCUGAUUUAACCAUUAGCAUGGACCUUUCAGGGGAGACCCUGAGAGUCUUGAGAACCCCCAGACCAACCCUUCCCUCCCUUUCCCCACCUCUCCCAGUGUUUGGACAGGAGCUGCUCUGUGUAGCAAAUACUUGGGCUUAUGAAAGAGGCAGCCAUGCAUUUUGCACUAGGAAGCAUCAAUAAUCACUUUUCAGACGACUUCUAUGGACCACAAAUAUAUUACGGAGGAACAGAUUUUGCUAAGACAUAAUCUAGUUUUAUAACUCAAUCAUGGAUGAACCAUGUGUGGCAAACUUGCAAUUUAAAGGGGUCCCAUCAGUGAAAAGAAACUGAUUUUUUUUUAACGGACUGCUUUUAGUUAAAUUGAAAGUCAGCUCUUGUCAAAAGGUCUAAGCUUUCCCGCCUCAAUCUUAAAAGCAUGUCAACAAUCCACAUCGGAUGCCAUGAAUAUGAACUGCAAGAUGAAAUGGUACAAUCUUAGUGAACGGGAAUUGGAAUCAAAAGGGUUUGCUGUCCUUAGAAUGUUCUCAAAUGUCAAGGCAGUUGCUUGUGUUUAACUGUGAACAAAUAAAAAUUUAUCGUUUUGCACUA